UACCUGCCCAUGGGCAGAUUGGGUCUUUCCGACAAGUCGCCAAAAUCGCCAUAAAUCGAGAAAAAAUUAUUGGCGGUGUCAGCGGAAAACCGGUGUGACGUGCGACAUCCGGCGUGGUCGUAAAAGUACAGUCUCUGCAGCGGCCAGCAUCGCUGCGAGUCUGCAGGAAGAGACACCGAAGCCAUGGCCCUGCAGUCUACAAUGGGGCGACGACAUCCAGGCAUCUGAUUAGGUGCGAGCUGACCUAGGAGCCAGUUCCUGUUCGCUACGAAAGGUGCGUGAGAUAUGUGGAAGGCGAUUACAGGCAUGCUGCGCCUCAGCUAGCUCUGCAUUACGUUUCGCACAGGUCGCACUAUUCGACGGAUGCCCCAGUUCAAUGUCUAUUGUAGACUGCGCCUAGAACUGCUGACACGGUCAAUUUGUGUCUCGUGCCAUGUUUACAGAGCCCCUUGUUCGAGCGUGCCGCUGCUACCUUUAGAGGUAUAGAAACGGUGCCGAACACUCGUGAGCUCGACUUAUCUGUUAAUGCUAUUCCCACUCCAUGUGGAAGAGAAGCAGUCCGUGGGUUUUUCUCUGCACAGAGUCGUCCCAUUUGUGCAAUAUAGACCGCGGUGUAUUGAUGAAAGGCCUAAGUUGUGGACAAGCGAGAUCGUAACACAGUGGGAAGACACGAUCUAAUCUUCGACUCUCAUAGCAGGUAGCAUUCGCCCCAUGUAUCCCAUCCUCAAAUCCGUCCUUCUUCUCUUGGCGAGUAUUGCUCUCCAGCUCGGCCUGACGCCUCCCACUCCGCCUCCUGAACGCAGCCAGAGAGUUGGGUACCGCGGGCAGCUGUUCGAAUACGCCGUGUAUCCGCUGCCACUAUACCUGAGAGUCUUCGCGAGCAUCGUCUCCGUCUUCCACGUCGCCGCCAUCUUGCUGCUAGAAUACGCCCAACCCGCUACCACAGCGAGGCUUCUCCCGCUCGUCUGCCCGGCCCCGAGCCCAUCGCUCGUGCGCCUCGCCGCACUAACACCGCGCUUCACCACAGGCAUCGCGCUCGUGCUCGCCGGCGCACUGCUCCGCGUCUGGUGCUAUCGCGCGCUGGGCAGCCUCUUCACGUACGAGGUCGCGCUCAAGGCCGAGCAUCACCUUGUGACGGGCGGGCCGUACGCGUACGUGCGGCACCCGUCGUACCCCGCGCUCUGGACGAUGCUCGCUGCCGCGCUCGUCGCGUGGUAUGCGCCCGGCGGGUACCUGCACGAGUGCGGCGCUAUGGACACACGCGUCGCGCCGUUCGUGCAUGCUUGGACCGCCGCCGCGGCAUGCAUCGCCGUUGGGCUGUGGCGGCGCGCGCCCGUUGAAGAUGACGCAAUGCAGAGUCAGUUCGGCACGGCGUGGGAAGAGUACAGGCGCAGGGUCCCCUGGCGGUUCGUGCCCUAUGUCGUCUAGGACAUGUUACGGCUCUCGCACGGUCUUCUUGUUCCGGCCUAUUGUACAGUGCAAGUUCCGCAGAAUGUUUGAGGCUGUACUACUCUAGUCUUUUCCGUUCUAGAGAGCAUAGGCAACAAGCUGCCGACGGCAUAAUCU